AUGGUAUUCUAUAAGGGUGAGAAAUCUCAAUUACACGAGUCUUAUCUACUUAAAAAUAAUUAUAGCUUGCUUUUAGCAAUACGUUUAAUUAUUUUUAUAUAUGUCCACUUUUUAUGGUGGUGUCAAAUAUAUGAUUAAGACGCUGGAGAUUUCACUUUUUUACCUUUAAUUACUAAUUUGAAAUAUCUUACACUCUGUGGAGCUAACUUAGUCAAUCUUUACUUUUUAUUUACUAUCAUAGAUAUGAUAAGAUUCAAAAUUACUAAAAAAACAUAUACAUCUUUUUGGUAGGUUUGCCACUUUUUAUUUUAAAUCUCUUUCUCAGUAGAAAUUACCAUAUUUUUACUUUAUUGGAUUGGUGUCUACCCAAGUGUAGAAGAAAAAUAUAAGGAAAGUAGUUGGUACAUGUUUACCACUGCAAGCUAUCACGGUGGAUUUUUCUUUUGCACUUACAUUGAAUUUUUUAUUAAUAAUAUUGCAUUUAAAUGGAAACAUUAUAUUCCUAUAUUGAUUGCUAGUAUCGCAUAUCUUAUUGAUAACCUCAUUGUCACUUUAUUAACAAAGCCUGUAUAUAAAGUUAUGAGUUGGGUUUCAAUUAUGAGUUAUGUGUUUGCCGUCGCAGCUAUUUUGGUGACUUUCCUUCAUUUCUGUCUCGGAAAAUACUUAUAUGAAAAAUUCAAGCACAGCAGAAUCGAAGCAGUUAACAAUAAAUUCGUUUCACAAAAAGCUCAAGUAAAUCCAGAAGAAGAACAAAUAAAAGGUUCAAUAGAACAAUAAAUUCAAAUGGUAGAAGUAAGAACUCAAUCUUAAAAAAAUAUUAAUUGUGGCAACAGUUAAGAGAGCUUAAGCCAUAAUUAAUAAAAGCAACCAGAAUAAUAAUAGAAGACUUAAGAUUAGUAAUAAUAAUAACAAGAAUAAAUAUAAGCUGCAUGA